AAUCAUAAUAUCAGCAGACAAUCACAUUGCAUCAAAUAUCAUAGGGAUGUGUUUGUUCUGCUUUUAACUUGUCACUUAUCAGCUCCGUCUUUAUUUAAGUAUCACUUAAGGAAAUACAAGUUUUUUUUUCAUAUUUUACAUGCGUAGGUUUUUGAAACUUGCUACAGUCUCAUUUUCAUCCGUCAUUGGAUAAUCGUCGACGUGAUAAACAAAUCAAAAAUAUUGAGGAAUUUUGAAGAAUUUUUACUAGUAGCUUUUAAAAAGCUUUGACUAUUCAGUAUGCUCAAACCUAAAGCUUUGACACAAGUUUUGAGCCAAGCCAAUACUGGUGGCAUUGAAAAUACUCUGUUACUAAACAGAGAUGGUGGUUUAUUAGCAUACAGUGGAUAUGGUGACAAGGAUGCUCGAGUGACAGCUGCUAUCACCAGUAAUAUCUGGUCAGCUUAUGAAAAAAAUGGCAGAAACGCCUUUAAAGAAGAUCAACUUAAAUUUGUGUUGAUGGAUUGUGCAGAAGGUAAAGUCGUGAUCACAGAAGUUGCCAAUUUAUUACUUUGCCUGUAUGCCAGAGAAAAUGUUGGCUUUGGAAUUUUGAGAGAAAAAGCACAAGCCUUGGCCAAGUAUUUAGAUCAGCCUUUAAGAACGAUAGCAAGUAUGCCAUGAUAAAGGCUUUCUUCUAACUAUAGUUAUUAAAAGGUUAGCGAACAAAGAUAUGUGUAAAUAAACAAUUAUUUAUAUAUGCGCAUAAAGCAUGCAUAUGUUCUUGCAUACUUAGAAUAUGUGAUAUAAAUUUAUUAUAUACUGUAUCAGAAAAAAUUUUUAAUUUUUCAAAAUAUUUAUAUUGGGUAUGGAUAUUUGCUAAGCAAAAUAAAAAAUACCAUUUAAUCAAUGGGGAUUUAUACCUUUAUUUCCAUAGUACAAUUUACAACCAUCAUAAACAUUUUUCUUAACGAUUCCAUAGUCUCUUUGUAAAUUGUAUUUCAAUGUGAUGCUUAAUAUCUUUACAGUCCAAGAAAUAUAUUGAUAUAUAACCCAGUAAAAUUUGAUAAAUUGUACAUGUAUGAAAAAUAUACAGUAAAUCAAAAAAUAAGGUAAUUUCACAACAAGUUUAACUAAUAAAAAUUUGUCCAAAUGGUAGUUUUUUCCAGUUUCAUAGUAUUUGCAAAGCUGUAAGACAAUCUUUCCACGAGUUCAUACGCUUAUACAUCUUUCUAUUUUUUUCAUCCGACCCUUAUGUUUCCUGGCAUCAGCAUGCAUUGUGCUGUCAUAUUAUAUAUGUAAAUAUAUAUACAAUGAGCACGUCGCUUUACAAUAUCAUUUUCAAUGAUUUUAAUUAAUUAUAGGAUAUAGAAUUUGUCUCGCAUUAGUAAUAGAUAUGAUGACAAUUAUUUGGUAUAAUAAAUCCUAUUUAAUACCAGCGGCCAGAAAGUGAUUAUUUCCCAUCUGCAGAGCAAAGCAGGAAUAGCAUAUGGGAAUUAUUUUGUUUUUCGCGGCCUAGGGCAGUAAUAGACUAUUGUAAUGCGGUAUGGAUUGGUAUAUGUACUGAAUCGCAUGAGACAUGAUUUCUCCUGCAGGAUUACGUCAUGCAGGAUGGGUUUAUGCUUAUAUGCACUUUAUGCGAUGACUUCACGUAGAUGUCUAAUCAGUUAAUUAAUUUUAUGUUCAUCAACUAUAUUCUAUAAAGAUAUAAUAACUUGAUUUCUGUGCAUUGAGCGAUGCAGCUUUAACAUACAUUAUGUAUAUAUUGUCCAGAUUGCGUGUACUUAUCCGUACAAUGACUCAUACAGCGUAUUUUUGUUCAUUAUUGUACGUUUAUUUGUUAAUAGUCAAAACCACUUGUCCACAUGUAUCGAUUUGUAAGUAUACAAGACUAGAGUACCAAGAUAGAAACAGUUGCAUAUAUGCAUAAUGGGGUGGAACUUACAUUCUAAGUUGCUAAAAAAAUCUCGAACCCUUGUUGAUAAUCGACAGUCUAAUAUGAAAAACCACGAUGCAACUUAUUAUAGAACUUAAGAAAAGGUUUAGGCGGAGUCAAUGCUUGAUACUGUCAUUUUUAUAUAUGACUUAAAAAAGGCACACAACGCUUUGCGACUAAUUCUAAUAAUUUUUUGUCCUGUGCAAUUUUCGCUCAAGUCGCUUCUGUUAGAGAUAAAAAGUUGUAAGCAAUAAAAACGUGGUCUUUUUAAACUUGGAUUUUUCUUAAAAUUUUUUUUAAAUCACGUUUUUAGUUGUUGAUAUUUUUUAUCACUAUCAGAAACCAAUGAGAAA